UAGGAUAGAAUUGUUAUAGUAACGCUUUGGCAGUAUCUAUAACAGCAGGACAGAAUAAAACUGCAGCUUAUUGCAGUUUUAUAACGUGGGAAAUCGUAUACCUGCAGUGGUGUAUUAAAAACAAUGUGCACGAAUCAGCUUGCAGUGCAUUUGAAUUACCUUGGGGAUAAUGUGUAUGACAGCCAGAAUAAUAAUGUCACAGUCAGGUUUGCAGACGGAAAAACCCUUUCCUGCAACAAAUCUGCACUUGCAGACGUGAGUGAAUAUUUUCGUGCGCUUUUCUUUGGCAAUUUUCAAGAGAAUGGCAACUCUAAUGUUAAACUGCCCGACGUUGACUAUGAUGUUUUCAACAAAGUAUUGGUGGCAUGCACAAAUGGCGAAUCUUCAAUAGUCAGAUUAAGUUGCGAAGAAAUUUGGGAAGUUAUUGAACUUUCGGACAUGCUCGCGUUUAAAACUUCGGCGGAGGCUUGUGACAAAAUUCUUUCUGCACGUUUAAACGCAGACAACUGUGUUGCAAUGUGUGGUCUUGCAGAUUCAUUCCAUCGACUUGAUUUGAUUAAAGAUGCCGUACAUUUCAUGCUUGAUACGUGGUUUGGAGAACAUAUAACCAAUCUCAAAAACUUUAAAACAUUGAAAACCGACAGCAUCUAUACUUGUUCUAAUUGUGACAAAAACACUGAACACUCACUGCUCAUCAAAAGAAUUUUUAACACAAAUAUUUCAAACAAAUUUACGAACAACGAAACUUUGGGCCCUGUAUUUGAACAAUCAGGAUCGCUUGAAAACCUUUUAGACUGCUACAAAAUUGAGCAUCGCUUUUACUUCAUCGGUGGGUUUCGGUACAGGACACAUUAUAAAUGUUACAAGAUGGAAUCAGAUCUAUUUGUAGGUCAAAAACAAACUGUUGAACGGGAGGAAGAAGAUCUUAAUUCAGGUGAUUGUUUAAGGCAUAAAUAUAUUGUUUUGACAAUUGUCUUGGCAGGAUACUCGAACCUUCCGGAAUUUCCUGAUAGAAACCUAGAGGACUACCGCACCGUUGCUGUCGGUAGAUUUAUAUACGUUAUUGGUGGCUUUAACUACGAGAAAAUGCAGUCCACGCGCGCCACCUGGCGGUUAUGUACACGAGAAAAUAGGUGGUCGCAAGUUGCACCGAUGAAGCAUGGCCGGCUCAUGCACUGCGCUACUACUGUUGGCGGGAGGGUUUACGUGUGUGGUGGGUACGAUGGGGAAACGGUACACAGCACCGCUGAAUGCUACGACACGAGAAUCAACAAAUGGAUUGCUUUACCGAACAUGCCUAUUGGCGUUGGGAAUGCUGCAUGUACAUCUCAUGACGUCAGUAUAUACGUCAUAUGUGGCCAAUUCGGGGUAAAGUCGAUCCAAACGACAAGUAAGGUCCAACAAUUUAAUACAACAAGCCGGCAAUGGAGUUUACCCACUAUAUAUGAUUCGCCAGUUUUCUCUCCUUUGAGCGAAUAUGGAAUGUCUGCUGUGGGAUUUGAAGAUGAUAUUAUUGUCCUUGGUGGGCAAACUACAAGAGUGGAUGCUUUUAAUACUAAGACACUAAAAUGGAAACGACUAGCUGACAUGAACAGCAGGCGAAUGGAUGUAACUUGCAUGAAAUACAGAGGUCAAGUUCUUGCCGCUGGUGGCUGGGACUAUAGCUCAGGAGAGUACUUUGGAAGUGUUGAGGUCUACAACUCUGUCCUAAAUACAUGGAAGGUGCUGCCACACAGUUUACCUGUCGCUGCUAAAAACAUAGGAUUCUGUUACGUUUAUGAUGUUGAACGAAAAUAGUUUUUAUCUUGAAUUCAUAUCUGACGAUCUUCCUAUUGCUGUAAAUUGGUGUUUGAUAAAUGCGUGUGUGAUUGCUUA